AGGAAUGCAAUCAUUCUGUUCUCUGCCGAAUGUAGAACUUCUGUCUUCUGUCCCCCAUUUCUCAUUUUGUUUAGACUUUGUGAAUCUCUGGGUUUCAUUUCACAAAGCAGGAUGACUUCUAACGAAGCUGGACCCACUCUAGUUCCUCUAACCUCACUUCCCCCCCAGUCAUGACAUUUGUGACACCGAUAGCAACAUUUUCAGUUCUUCUGAGCAAUUUUGCUGUAAUUUCUGUAAUGAAAUGUUCAGGUGUUUAAGUUUUUUUUAAAGUUACUAAUCCACUGACUGAUCCAAUAACAAGUGAGCAGCACAAUUUACAAGUGUGAACAAGACAUGUUGUUGUUGUUAUUAGAAGGGGUGUCCACAAACUUAUGACUGUAUAGGCUGUGUUCAAACAGCAGGACAAAGUAUCCCAAAUGUAUAGGUGACAGAGAUGUGUUGCUUGUGUGUCAGUAUGCGUUUCAAAAAACACACUGAUUCAGCAGUGAGUCGAGGGCUGAUGACUCUGUUCCAAUUAUAUUAGAAAAUUUGUGUCACAGCUCAAAAAACAAAAUAAAAAAAGAAUUGGGUGUGGCUGAAUAAUGCACCACUCUUUUUCAGUGAGCUCAAACAUAUUUUCAGUGAACUAGAGGUGGGCAAUAUGGUGUUAUUUUAUCGUAUCUUUCGAUAAAUCAUCACAUUAAUGUAUAUGUUUUUAGCAUAUUGCAGACUAAUGCAGAAUAUUAUGUAUGUUAAAUAUUGUGUGAUAAUAUUUUUACUAUACUGUGUAAAUUUGCAUUUGGGACACUUUUCCCUGCUGUGUGAACAGACCCAUAUUUUGCUGAAUAGUAACAGUGGUAGGUAAAAGAGUGUGUAAUCAACGACACCAGGCCUGUUAAACGCUGUUGUGGUGAGAACUCUGUGCUGAUGAGAACCAUGAGAACUUGGGUUGGGCAGUAUCCAGUGUUUUCAUGACUGAAACUCCACUUAAAAACAUUCAGAUGAGAAUGGGACUGGACGGCCAGAUAUUUUUCUGUGGGAUUGGUACUAAUGCUCACCUGCUGGGCUAACCUCCAGUACAGAGUAUCAGACAGGUCAGUACAACUGUUUCUGACUGACUAACUAACCUGAGUACUUUAGUUAGUAACAGCAUAGACAGAGGUGUUAGAGCUAAGUGAGGCUAAAAUUACACACAUCUAAAACAUAGAGCUUCAGACCUGCAGUCGAGUGAAUGAUUUCAGGAGUGUUGUGAGUAACACUUUUCAGAUGUCUUUGUCCAGGUUUUGUGGCUUUCCCUUUGAUUUAAACAAAGCACAUUGCUAAACGUAUAACUACCUGGCCUUUGUCUUUUUCCCCCCUGUUUUUAAAGACCCAACAUCAAAUUUGUGAGUGCAUGUAAGUGAAAGAGCUAUUUUGGCCUGUAUUAGCGAGACACCGAGCAAAAAUUUGGCAUGCCAGACAUGACAUGUUUAUGAAAUACUGUCAAUUUUUUUUUUUUGGCAAAACAUUUAAAAUGUUUAAAUGCAGCGUUAUUAACAUCUUACCGCCCAACCCUAGUGAGAACUGUCUCUGAAUCGGUUGUUUUUCAAUUUCUUCACCCUGACUGUUUACAUAUGGCCUUCUUCUGUUAAACCACUGAAGUAUAUUCUCUCCCAUAAUGCUUUUCUCCCCUCACCUUUCACCCUUAAUGCACCCCCAUGACCCUGAUUCAUGCUGGACCACGGUAAACGUAAAGCACUGAAGUUAAAUUUUGCCAAUCCUCCAAUCAAACCGGCCACGAGGUUCACCCUCAACACAGCAGGACCGCCCUUUCAGAACCCACACAUAGAGCGGCUGCGUACACACAGUAUCGAGUCUUCAGGGAAGUUGAAGAUCUCUCCGGAGCAGCACUGUGACUUUACAGCGGAAGACCUAAAGGACCUGGGGGAGAUCGGACGGGGUGCCUACGGCUCCGUAAACAAAAUGGCUCACAAGCCCAGCGGACAGAUCAUGGCUGUAAAGAGAAUUAGGUCUACAGUGGAUGAGAAGGAGCAGAAGCAGUUGCUGAUGGACCUGGAUGUGGUGAUGAGGAGCAGUGACUGUCCGUAUAUCGUUGAGUUCUAUGGAGCGCUUUUCAGAGAGGGAGACUGUUGGAUAUGUAUGGAACUCAUGUCUACCUCGUUAGACAAAUUCUACAAAUAUGUGUAUUCUACGUUGGAGGAUGUGAUUCCGGAAGAGAUUCUAGGGAAAAUUACAUUAGUGACUGUGAAAGCACUUAACCACUUAAAAGAAAACUUGAAAAUAAUUCACAGAGACAUUAAGCCCUCUAACAUCCUAUUGGACAGGAAUGGUAACAUAAAGCUAUGUGAUUUUGGUAUCAGUGGGCAGCUUGUUGACUCCAUUGCAAAGACCAGAGAUGCUGGCUGCAGACCCUACAUGGCACCGGAGAGAAUAGACCCCAGUGCCUCCAGGCAGGGGUAUGACGUGCGCUCAGACGUCUGGAGUUUGGGAAUAACGCUGUAUGAAUUGGCCACUGGACGGUUUCCCUAUCCGAAGUGGAACAGCGUAUUUGACCAGCUGACACAGGUGGUGAAAGGAGACCCUCCUCAGCUCAGCAACUCUGAGGAGAGACAGUUUUCCCCUAAAUUCAUCAACUUUGUCAACCUGUGCCUUACAAAAGACGAGUCUAAAAGGCCAAAGUACAGAGAGCUUCUGAAACAUCCCUUCAUCCUGAUGUACGAGGAGCGCUCUGUAGAUGUUGCCAGCUACGUGUGCAGGAUCCUCGAUCAGAUGCCUGCAUCCCCCAGCUCCCCCAUGUACGUGGACUAAAGGAGCGAAGACCCACGCACACACGCAAAAACACACACAUGUACACAUACACACACUCUCCACCGUCUCUCUAGGAGGAAAAAAGAAAUGCAGGCUGUUGUGUAAAGACUUUGCUUCAUCAAAAAAGGAAAAAAUGCAGUGUUAAAAAUGAUGCAGAGACACCAGGUGCAAGAAAAUUGGUGUUUUCAGUCAUGUCUGUAAAAAAUAUCAUCUGAACACACACACACACACACACUCUUUCUCUCUCUCUCUCUCUCUUUCUCUCUCUCUCUCUCUCUCUCUCUCUCUCUUUCUCCCUUUUUCUCUCUCUCAUCACGCACCCACCCUCCCACUGAUGCUUAAGUGUAAUAGUAACUGAAUGCAGCCGCUGCUCUCUCGGCUCAUCUCCAGGAUGCCGCCAUAGUCCUUAAAAAAAAUGAUGAGAGUGUAAAAAAAAAAAAAAAAAAAAAGUAAAUAAGACUUACCGUAAAUGAAACGUAUUUCUACAUCUGAGAUCACAUGUGCAGUGUGUAUGAUUUGAAGGAAUGUGAAUGAACGUACUGGAACUGUGCCCUGUGCCGCCUCUUUCCUUGUCUUUGUAUUUAAGAAUUAAAGCAGUGGGUCUUAAUCCCGGUCCCGGCCUGACUCUGCAGAUUUAAUGGUUUAAGGAGAACUUAGAACUUCAGGUUUAGACCUGAUCUAGAACCAGCCCAGUGCAUACAGAGAUGUAUAUGUUUCCCUGAAUGUUCCUGGAAAGCAACAGAAAACCUGUUCACUAAAAUAAAAUAUUGCGAAUCGCCAGGUCAGUGUAUAGUCAUUUUACUAAGAGUGAUUUUAGAGCAUUUCUGUUGGUCCAAGUGUGGUUUUAAGUUAUUAAAUAUAGGAAAAUAUUUGUCACUGUUCCUCAUUUGUAACCUAAAGGUGUGACCCACAGCAGGUUAAUGUGGCCCAAAUCUCUUAUGUCAUAUGUGAUACAGUUGUGUAAUUUGUGUGAACAACACAUUAGUGUGCUGAAAUUUGAAAUGUGUUUGAGUUGCGCCAUUGUGGCUUUGUCUGAACAGCCAAAUCAGAAUUCAUGCAACUUUAAAAUCAAGGAGAAGAAAAACAAAACGUGUGGGCAUAAGAAAAAUGUUAGUAGACAGGACUGGCUGUCCCUGGUUGAAUGUGUUCUUUUUACAGUGAGGCUGGAGUGAAUUUGCAGUAAUAUGCCCAGCUGUAGCCUGAAUUCAAUUCAAAACUUCUGAGAUUCUAACAUGAAUGAAACCGAAACUUCAUGCAUGUUGGUUACAAAAUGCAGACUUUGUCAGAUAUGGGUCACAUCAAAAAGAUUCUGUAAACAGCCAGAAAUAUACGUUGGAUUUAGUGAGAAAAUUUGGGAUUUGUCCCACUUUCACCUGCUGUGUGAACAUAUCUUAGAGAAUAGGUUGAAAACCUCUUUGUGUUUAGCCUGCAGAUAAACUGUAACUACCCUGUGAUUCUCUAAUUUCAGCAUCCUUAGUGUCCGUAGACGCAUUGGUACAUAAAUGUAAUUUAAAGCCAAUUUCCAACCGCAGUUGAAUGGAACUGAUUUAGCAAAAAUCUGAUUUCAUGUGAUUUCUGGCUGUCUAGGCUGUUCAGAUCAAGAUAUACCCCAAAUUGGCUUGGAGCUGGCAAUCUAAACACAUCCUAAUUGUCAGAGAGAAAAAUGUGAAAUAAUGUGUUCUAUUUGGUGGAUAAAGUGAUGCAGUUGUGUAAUGAAAUUGUGGAUGAGUAUUUAAUAAUCAUUUUCAUACUUUUAUUUACAGUUUUUUUUUAAAUGCUGUAGAAGAGGUGGCCAUACAUUUACGGCAUAGCCACAGUAGUCUGAACACUAUAGAACCAUUUUUAAAUGUUUGUCUGUUGUUAUCAGAUGCUGCUUUGGCCUGAUAAUUGCUGCUCUUCAGUAAAAUGGAUCAGAUUUUCUACUGUUUCUGAAAAGUCAGAAGUCAGGCGACUGAAGGCCUGGGUUCAGUUUUGAAAGCAGAUGAUCAGAUCUGUGAGAUUCAAAAAGCAGAGGAAGUGUAGAGUAGGGAACAUUACAGGGUUAAACUGGGUUCCUGGUGGAAAUAAAUUAGCUAAUGGUGCUAUAUCUAGGAGUGUAAUAGUCUGGGCUGGAUGUGUCAGAGCUUGGGAUUUGGGAUGGAGACCGCUGGCUGUGGAUGGAAAAAGGCGGGGUUUUUCACCUGGUCUCUACCCAGAAAUGACUGUGUCCUCACUGUACAAUAAACCAUGUUCUGAUAUAUAAAUAAAUAAACUCAGAAACAAGACACAA